CGCUCGAGAGCCCCACCCAUCAAAAAAGGCAUCUACUACCUAAAGCAGGAAGCAAAACACACUUUUACAGCCAUCACAUACACACACACGAAAACGACAGUACGGAGGGAGCAGCAGUGGCAGUCCGCGCGCACACGUUGCUGUUGGCAGCAUGGGACAGCACCUGGUGAAACACGAGCCUUCAUCUGAGACCAAGGCUUUGUCAGACUCAGCCACACGAACCAUGACAGAAACAGAGUCACAGGACGAUGUUUUCGGCCUGAAUGAACCAGAUGUCAACCAGAACAAAGACUGCUCCAGCAAGAGCGAAGGAACAGCCACCUCUUCGGCUUUGCCCAGCGCGGACCAGGCCAAUCAGGCAGAUCCCAACUUGGUGGGGCCACGCCCACACUUGGUCCGCCUCUUCUCCCGAGAUGCCCCGGGUCGAGUGGACAACACCUUCAAAGACCGGCCUUCAGAGUCAGACGAGCUGCACACCAUACCGGAGGCUGGAGCCGGACUGGAGAGUGAAAACACCGAGCAGGACACUGACUAGAUUAGCUCAUUCCCACGGGCCCUUGCCCUCCCAUCGCUCUCUACCAAGAGACACCAGCUCUAAACCCUCCGAAAAACCUCGCCACUGCGCCGCACAGCACCAAAAACCGAGUAAAACAUCCCGACAUGGCAUCAGGAGGCUCCUCAGGUCAGUCCGGCUUCAGGCUGGGCCGCAGCAAGAAAAACCCUGGCGUUCUGGACCAAAUCGGGAAGUUCUUUGGAGGGGACAAGAAAAGGAAGGGCAAGGUGAGGAGAGAUGGGCUUCAUUUAGAGAAAGAUAGAUACUCCACACAUCUUUUGCUUAGACACCUCUCUAAGCUCUUGUGUUUGACUUAAAGGGUUCGUUUUUGUUGUUUAUUGCAGAAACUUUUCAGUUUCUCUUUAUUGUGUGCUGUUCUUAAGUUUUGUUUUUUGUUUGUUUUUUUUUUCUUUCAUUUUGUGCUCUGUCAUGUGAAGAACAGAGUUUAAGCAUUGGGUGUUGAUCAGGAACUGUUGGAAUUCUUUUUUCUUUUCUUUUUUAUGAUUUCAGAUGCUAUGUAGAAACACAACAGCCUAAUAUUGAUCCAAACAAACCUCAAGGAUAAUGUGUCAUGCCUUUUAAAAGAAGAAACCUCUUCAUUUCAUGGUUUAAUCAUCGUUAAUCGCUUUUGAAUCAUUCUGCGCAUAAGGAGGAGAUAAGUAAUAAAUCGAGAUGAAUAAAGUAUAAUUUUAAAUAUUAACCAUGAUUAUAUGGAGAUGAACAGGAGAAUCAUUGAGUUUUUCUUGCAGGGCUGUGGCUAAAGUGUGAGUUCUUGCUUUCUACAGUGUGUUUGUUGAGCUCAGGGCCUGUUACACAUUCUAAAUCAGAUCAGGUACGACUGUAUUUGUGUUGGUCUUUAUGCAGAUGGUGCUACAGUGCUAUGGUUUUGUACUAUGUUGUGUGUGGAUGGGUUCAGUUUUAAACAAUAUCACGUUGAGCAAUUCCUCAGUGUAUGACAGCCUUGCGUAUAGUCGCUGUCAUAUCCAAAUCUCGUAGCUUUUUUGUCUUUUAUUUUUUAACACCAGCUGCUCAAUACAUGGCGUGAAUUGGUAUUUAAUGAUAAAUGUACCAAAAUAUAAUCCAAAAAUUACAUGAAUUAAAAUCUUAACACAUAUCAAGCUUAAGAACUUUCCCCCCUUCUUUUUUAAAAGUACUAUUUCACAUCACGAUAGUGUACAUAGCUACCAGAACAAAACCUCAUAAUAAUGAAAUGGUAACUUUACAUGAGAAACAAAAAACAUUCUAAUGCAAUUUAAUGAGACUUUAUUUAAAGUCAUUUUGGACCAUUUCUUCUGGUCCAUUCAUCAUGACCUGUUCGCUCAAUGUAAAGGGCAAAUGGCAUUCACAAAUAGGGUUAAAUAAAAAAUGUUUUGAUCUGACAGUAACAAUAUAUUUUAUUAGUGCAGUUGUGUGUAAUAUCACAGGCAUUUCACAAUUCAAGAAGCUGUAUUAUUGUGUUUCAUAGAGAUGGUACAUGAAAUCAGCUGGUAGUGAGCACAGUUUUGCCUUUUAGCAUGAGGAAUUUUAUACUGAUGCUGCUUUCCCCCUCCAAGUGUUGCUAAAACUGCCCCAAACAUUAAAAGUUGGAGUUAUCAUGUUGGUUUCUGCUGUUUAACAGGUAGUUGAUGCUUUUUAAAAUCUAUGUGAGUGCUCAUUCCACUUGACUAGGGAUGGGACAGUUACUAGUUUUAAAGCUAUAUCACAAUAUAAAAUACAUUGAUAAUUGUACCAUGCCAAAUUUGAAUAAUUCUGGUUAGGGUCAUCACUAACGAUAAUAUAAGUAAUCCGUUAAUCUGACAGAUUAUAUUGACCAGAUUAUUAAUUUAGCAAUUAGAGAACAAUAAAUAACAAUAAAAACUUAACAAUAACAAACUACAGUAUUUUUCAACAGAAAUGUAACCGUUGUCCAUUGGAACAACAUUGUUUUCAUUUGACAGUGAUAUCUCGUCUUUUGAAGAUUUAAAUGGAUAUUUUAAAAUUCAAAAUCUGUCACCUAUGUCUGCUAUUAGUUUCAAACAUUUUUACUACUUUUUUAAACAAAUGCACCAUGAUAAUAUCAAAAACCAAGAUGAUUUUGGUCACAGAGGUCAUGAUAGCAAAUUUUCAUAUUGUCCCAUUCUUGCUGUACACCAAGCCCCUGAACACAAUAUUUUCAAUAUUUUCCAAGUAUUUUAUAUAUUAUUGAGUGUUUUCUCGAUAAAUAUGCAACUUCCUUGCCUUACCUUUCAUUUUAACAGUAAGUUAAAGUUUAGCAUAUGAGCAUUUUAGCAUUGGCUUUGUAUAAGGAUUUUACUGUGGCUGCUGCAUUGCACAUAAAUGUUUGGAAUAAAGGUGGUGUCUACACUGAAGAAAAGUGCUUUGAUUCAGAUGUGUACAUGGCUUAAAUAUAGCAUAUAUAAAUCACUACAGUUGUAUGCAAAAGUUUGGGCGCACUUGGUCAAAUGACAUUUUGUUGAUUUUCUAAUUGAAUGUAAGCACACAUCCUCUACAGAGAACACAUUUUAAUGCACAGUUACUGUUUAUUUGCUGAAUUUAACAAUUAAUUUGGCUGUUUUAUGUUUUUUCAGUGAAACUCAGUAAAUAAACAGAUGUUGUGUAGCAAAAAGUGCAGAAAAAUGCCAUAUUUGUUUGUUUUCUGUAGAGGAUGUGUUAACUUAUUUUCACGUUUCAAUUGACCAGGGAUGUUUAGACUUUUGCAUGUAACUUUAUAUAAUAUAUUUAAUAAUCUAUACAAUUCUGUGACAUAAAAUGGCAACCCCACUGUUUUGGCAAUAAUUAUGGUGGUGUAAUAUACUUCAUGUAAACCCAAUGUACAUGCUUGAAUCAAGUAAAUUUAAGCCACUGUUUUUUUUUCAGCAUAUGCAGAAACAGGUAUGAUAUUUUACAAACAAUGCUGGUUAGCUGCAGUUUUACGGAAGUGUUUUAAGGUGUCUUACAUUAAGAAAAGAACAAAUGCAUAAGUGCUGUAGUACAGAGUGGAGAAAAAAAUUAUAUAUGCUUACAUAUAUUCUGCAUAACUGUACCGGGUAUGUUUACACUUAAUAAAUUCAGCAUGUGUCAAGCACUGAUCACCGAAUUUAUGCCUUCAGGAUACCCAUAAUCAGAGAUUUAUACUAUUUGUUUCUAAACUUUUAGCACAAAUUAUUUUACAAUAGUAAUAUGUUGCAAAUUAGUUCUUAGGUAAAAUGUGUAUUUUAUCUGCUUCUUUGAAAGUGUACCGUACAGCAGUGAAAAGAUUUAUAUAAAUCUUUAUAUAAACCUAUAUAACUUUGAUUUUAUAUUGUGGUCAAAUAAAAGAAUAAAUGCAAUAUCAGUAUAGGUAAUGAUCAAUCUUGAAAAACAUUAAUUAUGUUUGUGAAACGCAUCUCAAAUGCUCAUCAGACAAUUUGCUCAGUAUUAUUUGUAAUUUUCUCUUUUUUUGCUCUCUCUGUUGUAUUGCCUGUUGUUUCUCUAUCCUGCCUAAUGGAGCUUUAGAUGCUUUUUUGUUCGUUUGCCAUUCAGUGAUCACAGCUUUCCUUUCCCUUAACCAGGGAAAUAAAAAAUGCAGAGGAAUUCUGGCCAAAUCACCAUCAUCAUUUACUCAAUUCCCCCCCAACUUUCAUUACAAAAUGGUCAUAUUACUUAUGAUAACAAAUGGAUCAGCUGCUAAUGGCUUUUAACUGACAGUCAAUGUGUUAUCUGUGUAUGCAACAAAUGAACAUUUUUUUCUAAAUGGAAGGCAUUUUGUCUCCAUUUGUGUUUCUCUUUUUUUUUCUUUUUUUUUCCUCAAUUGUAAGUGCUGGAAUACACACGAUAGAACAUGUAAUAACAUCACCAAAACCAAAUCUGUUGGGAACUCUCAGGAAUUGCACAUGUGCACACUUGUCGAUGCCUAUAAUAAAGGGCCAUUUGUGCAAAUUAAUCGUUUGUGUAAAGGGAAUGAAAUGCCAAUUUUUUUUUUUUCACCCUAUUAAUGUAGUUUCAUUUUGUUCAUUUGUUUUGCUAUUUUGCAUUGUGUCAAAAAGCACAUUGUGUCAUUGCUGUCCUUAGAAUACCUCAUAACUCUUUUUUUAUGUGUUUUAUAUUUGUUACACAAUUUGAAAACAACAGUUUUGGACAUUUCGUUAUGAGUGGGCCAGUAGAAACUGUCCACACUUAUUUGAAAGAAAAUCUUUGACUUUAAUGUACGUAAAGAAUGUUUUUUUCCUUUUCCUGCAAAGUUAAUAUUCUGGAGAUUUGAGGUUUUUUUUAAAACAGCAAUGAUAUAUGAAUGUAACACACAUAGCAGAAUCAGUGUGAUACGCAGUGUGAAGGUGAAAAGUGAAUCUUAACCAAAUGUGGAAUGCAAGAUUGCUGUAUGUCUUACAGUUUGGCAAAUAACUAAUCUUUUUUUUAUGUAAUAAUGUGGCAUAAAAGCUAUUUAUUCAAUUUUUUGAUUUUAGUUGCAUUAAUUAGACUUUAAGUAUAUAUUUUAUACAUCAUUGGUGUAAGGUAUUGUUAUCUGAUCGUCACUGAUUUAAAAAAAAAAAUGUAGUUUCUGAGCCUCAUGCUUCUUUGGAAUGUGUCCUUAAAGGAAUACUCCAGUGUUUUUCAACUUCAUAUUUAUCUGCUGCAUCUGUAGCAUAUGAUUUAUUACCCCAGACAAUCUUUUUAACACAUUUUCAUGUACCUAAAAAAGAGCAGAAAACUCACUUAUAAUAGAAGCUAGUGGUCAGUUGAUGAGUUCUGGGUGUUAAUGAAUACCAUAAACAUUUGAAAUACAGAGCAAAAUUGUGUUGUGUUGAUGGUCAGUAGUAAUUGAACCCACACUACAGAUGCAGCAGAUACAGGUUAGGUUAAAAAAUGCUAGAGUAUUAGUUUAAGCUAGCAUACAGUAAAAUGCCUCAGGUUGAUCAGUGUACUUACAGGUCAGGAAACUGACUGUGUAGUCUAAACUAGCCCUGUGCAUUUUGUCCCUUUUGUAUGGCUUUGGAAUAUUAAUACAGUGCUUGUAAUAACCUUUACCUCCUACUAAACUGCUCUAAACCCCCAUCCUGUUCUGAGCUUUUGGAGAUUUUUGCUUGAUUAAAACUGCAUAACAAUGGAGUCUCUGUAA